AUGACCCAAUCAACCGAACAGCCUCUCCCCACGGUUCGCCGCAUUGUGACCGGUCACAACAACGAGAUCCAAGCGGUAAUUCAGCGAGAUGGCCUCAUCAGUGCACGCCAGGCCGGCCACGGGCCAUACAUCACCCGUCUUUGGGCCAGCGACAAGGUACCACCGCGCGCAGAUGCCACAAGUGAUAUGGGCCUUGCGGAAACCGGGUUGUCGAACAACGGGACUAUUUGCAGGAUCGUGGAUUUCCCCCCAAACUCGAAAGGAAUGGUGCACCGGUCAAUGACACUGGACUACAUCUAUGUCACCAAGGGAGAAAUUGUGCUUACACUGGACGAUGGAUCGCGCACUCUGGUCAAGGAGGGUGAAUUGGUGGUGCAGCAGGCGACAAUGCAUGGAUGGGACAACGAGACAGACUCUUGGGCCAGGCUUCUGUGCAUUCUAAUUGCUGCGGAACCACCAGUGGUUGAAGGGCAGCAGCUGAAGGCGGAGGUGCCUUUCCAGAUCUAA